AUGAACGUCGAUGAAUCUUCGCCGCUCGAACACAUUCGCAUCCAGAAACGGUACGAACUAAAAUGGGAACAAAAAACACAUCGCAAAAAGGAACUGGAUCGGAACCGUGCCGGGCUGGGCGAGCUGCACCAUUCGAUCGGUGUAAUUGAACACAUUUCGGAGCAAGAAAUCAAAGGGCUGGCCAGCCGUAUCAAGCGCCGCAAACGUUGCGAUCCGUUGGAUUUGGUACGGCUUAGCUAUGGGUUCCAGCAAAGCCGGGAAAACAUUUCCCACUUUAUCCGUACGACGGGUGCAAUUAAUGUAAUUGUGAAGGAACUUACCGGGCACGAUUACAAUCUGCAACUGCUGGCCGCUGAAUGUUUGUGCAAUCUGUCGCUGGGUGAUGAUGUGUGCUGCGAGAAGAUAGCGAACUUUGCCGGAACGUAUCUGAUUGCGCUGGCAGAAAAUCCAAACUGUCGCCCGUUGCAGCAGACAUGCUUCUGGACGUUGCAGAAUAUUGUCGGGUCGAGUCCGAAGGGAAGCAAGUUGUUGUUCUCGCAAGGGUUGGUGGUGGUGUUGGUACGAUUGCUUUCGACGGUAACGGACCAGGAAGCGGCUGAUGAUAUUAUAUUAACGUUAGAGUUAGCACUUAAUUACGAGCAGGAUGUUGAACCGAGCGCAAUCCCACAAAUAGUGCAAUGCUUCGCCGGAAAGGAACUGCAUCCUAGUAGCCUUCGCCUGCUGUACAAAUGUUACGGCUUGAUACAAAACGACCUUCUUCAACAGAGUUCUUUCUCGUACAUUAUCCCGCAAUGUUUAGACUUUCUGUCAAGCAUUAUGGACCGUCAUCUACCAACCCAUGCCGCUCCAAUUUUACUUGCCGUCCGUUUGCUUGCCCACCACGCGGUGGCCAACACCAACGGUAUCGAAGAAAUUCUUCGAUAUCAACUACAGCGGAGCACUCUGAAAUUUUCAACACUUUUCAACGAUUGUGCUAUGGAAGGUAUGUUGCCGGUUUGCAAAGAGUUGCUCUGGUUGCUAGGACAGAUCCAUAGUAACGGAAGCGCGGGAAACAAUGCAGAACUGCUCAAAUCGUACCUAGUUUUCGAUAACUUUGUAGAGAAAAUCUCCGUUCCCGAGGCACUGCUUUGA